GCGCGAUCGAUGGACGGCGCGCGGACGCGCCGUCGCGGGGUUCGCGGCGAGCGCGUGCGCGGGCGUGGACGAUGGAACGGCGACCGCGGCGGGGGGUGGUGUGCAUGGAGCGAGCGCCGAGCGCAGGGACGCGGAAGAUGCGAGCGAGCGGACGGUGUUGCGCGAGCGCGCGCUGCGCGCGGCGCUGCGGCGGACGGAUGAGUACGGGUGGACGACGGCGGCGAUCGACGCCGGAUUGAGGGAUCUGAAGCUCUCGCCGGCGAUGCGCGCGUGUGUCCGAGCGGAUGGGCGAGCGGGCGGUGACGCGAGCGAGCUCGGGGGAGAGCUCGUGGGGUAUUUUGAAGAGGCGCUGGACGUCGCGUUUCACGCCAAAGUCGUGGCGGAGCGCGAGCGUCUGCGAACGAUGACCUCGCGCGAGCGCGUCAAGUGGAUGAUUCAGACGCGUCUGGAAAUGAUCGGGUCCAAGUUGGAAUCGUGGCCCAAGGCGCUCGCCGCUUUGGCGACGCCCACGCACGCGGCGGCGACGUUUCGUCGAAGAUCGGCGCUCGCCGAUUUCAUCGCCGACGCCUCGGGCGUGGACGACGUGGACUCCCUUCCCGAGAUCGUGGACGGCGUCCGCCAUCACGUCGAACGCGCGACGAUCGCCCUCACCUACGCCGUCAUCGAGCUUCGACUCCUCGUCGACACGAGCGAGGAUAAUCGAGACACCUGGGCGUUUCUCUCCCGCCUCGUCGACGACGUCGCCGCCCGCCGCGUCGACGUCCUCGAGCUCAAAUCCUACCUCGACGUCUUCGCCAGAGACCUCGACGUCCCCACCGCGGUCGCACGCGUCGGCGACACCGCCGCAUCAUCCGUUUUCCGCGCCCUCGCCGCGCUCGCCCGUCGUCGCGCGCCGCCGUCCGCGCCAGCCUGA